UCAAAACAGUUAAAAUCUGACAGCUCGGCAUCGUCCCGCAAAAAGGCUUUUAAAUGCAAUGGAAAAGGUUACUGUCAGUGUCAGAAAUAAACUACACAAUUUAACCAACGUUUUUAGAUACUUUUCAUCAGACUGUCGAGGAAUGCUAAUCCGAGGAAAAUGUUCUUUUGGCUUGUUUAUGCUGCAGCUCCUGUCUUUGUAACUACCUGGUUAGCUUCCACGGCUAACGAAAGUUGCUCCAUGGCGAUCUAUGGGCCGAACAUUACCAUAUAUAGACCGGCCACAGAGCUCCCUCGCCGGUGAAAUGUAAACGCUGUCUCGCUGAGGAGGCUGACUAAAGGGCAAGCAAAAACAAAGCUCAGCCUGAGAGAGAAAAAAAGACUCCAGUGCGCUACCUUCACCAUGUCAUCUGACCAGAUUAUUGCCAUCGUCAUGGAUGACAAAAUCUACGAGGUGAAUAAAAAGAAGCUGAUAGAGAAGAGCGACUACUUCCGUGCACUGUACAGCUCUGGGAUGAGGGAGUCCACGGAGGACUCUGUGCAGCUGCAGGGGCUCAGUGUCCCCGGCCUGGAGCUGGUCCUGGAGUUCAUCAACACCUCCAAGGUCCAGGUUGUCAACGAGACUCUGGAGGACCUGAUUGAGACCGCCUCCUUCUUACAGGUUACCUCCAUCCUUAAGCUCCUCACUUCUGAGAUCCGCCUGGAAAACUGCGUGGAGCUGUACAGCCUCUCUGAAGUUUACGGGACUCAUGAUCUGCGUCAUUCCUGCCUCAAAUUCAUGAGCUGCUACUAUCACCCCAUGCUGAGGAGGCCAGAGUUCAGCAGCCUCCCCUCGGCUGACAGAGACCAGGUCAAGGAGAUGCGCAUGAAAGGCACCGCCACCCUGGUAGCCAUCGGAGACUUCACUUGUCUGUCCCUGGACAUGCCAGAUCAGGAUGAACCUUGGUCCAUGCUGAGGUACGGAGAGGAGGAGCAGCGCUGGAAACCGCUCGCAAAUAACUUGCCUCCAGAUAUGAUCAAUGUCAGAGGAUAUGGCUCGGCUGUCCUCGAUAACUACCUGUUCAUAGUUGGCGGAUACAGGAUGACGAGUCAGGAGAUCUCUGCGGUGCACUGCUACAACCCCUGUAGGAACGAGUGGAACCAGGUGGCUCCGCUCAACCAGAAGAGGUCCAACUUCAAGCUGCUGGCGGUACAAGGGAAGCUGUACGCCGUAGGAGGCCAGUGUCUGGGCACCGUGGAGUGUUACAGCCCAGAACAGGACUGGUGGACCUGCGUGUCCUCGAUGCCCGACCCGCUGGCUGAGUUCUCUGCCUGUGAAUGCCAGGGGAAAAUCUACGUCAUGGGUGGAUACACUGCAAGAGACAGGAAUACAAAUGUCCUAUGCUACUGCCCCACGUCUGACACCUGGACAGUAUUUCGGUCCUGUUCGGCGCACAUCCGCAAGCAGCAGAUGCUCUCGGUGGAGGACACCAUCUACCUGGUGGGAGGAUACACACACGAGCUGGAGGCGGGCCGGCGGCAGCGCCGUCCCAGCCAGACAGAGGAUGUGCUGACGGUGCAGUCCUACAACGUCACCACAGGGGAGUGGAUCCAGCUGAAGGAGAACACGUCUAAGUCGGGCCUGAACCUGACGUGCACGCUGCACAACGACGGCAUCUACAUCAUGAGCCGGGACGUCAGCCUGCCCACCAGCCUGGAGCAUCGCGUCUUUCUCAAGUACAACAUCUUCUCUGACGCCUGGGAGGCUUUCAGACGCUUCCCGGCUCUUGGCCAGAACAUGCUGCUCUGUUCGCUUUACCUCCCCAAUAUGCUGUGAUUGAGCGGGCUGAUGUGAAAGAGUUCAGUGAACACUAACAGAUAACACAUGCAGCAUUAAUAUAGGCCAAUGUGUGGCUUGCUUUUUCUUGCACAGAAUGGAGCUUUGUGGCAUUAGCGGGAACUAUCUGGUUGCCAGGUUGAUCGCCUCGUGACCUUUGUGCCUCAACAACAGAAAAAAAAGCACUACAUUGUACAUACUGCUGUGGAUGCAAAUACAAAAGCUACAAUGAUAAGUAUGACAGUGAUGAAGCACCAUGGCCUGUAGAUCAACAGCAUCAUAGCAGCUAGCCCUGGUUUGUGCCUCAUGUAUUAACAUGGACGUUAUAAUCAAGUCACAUUGGUAACAAUCUGUUUCUUUGAGAAAUAACUUGGGAUAACAGAUUAAAAAGGUAUUUUAUUGUGUAGCAGACAUAAUAUUUUCCAUCCAUAUUAUUAAAAGACUCUUAGGUUUCUGGAAGUCUUCAGAGCAGCAGUUAUCUGACAACCUUCUGGGUUUUUCCCCAAACAUUGUUGGGUAUUCCCCCCCCCACAGAAAUGGAUGGUUACUACUGGUUAAUACAUGAGCGGCACAAACUGGGGCUAUAUAACAGCAUGCUUCUAAAUCUGUGGGCCACAAUAUUCCUGAUGUUUACACUCCAAAUAUGGCAUUGGCAUACAUGUUUAUCCAUAACUCACUACAAACCUUGAAGUAUCUCAGAAACAAAACACAUUUCUUGUUUUUAUGUACUGUACAUAGCAGAUAAUGAAAUCAUGAAAGAUGGCUUUGGUUUUACACUGCCAGUUUUAUGGGAAAUAGAGGUUCCUUGAAAGUUAUUGUGUGGGAUGAGAAGUGGCUCAGAGGGAGCUUAAUGUGUUGUUUAUGAACACUUGCACGGUCUUAUUUUUCAGAGAUACACUAAGCAAAGCUUAAAGCGCAAUUCCAUGAAACGAUGCACAUGUGCCUUCUGCAACCUCAGUUAAUAGGAACUUGAUACAAAGAAAAAAAAAAAAAAAAAAAAAGCACAAAAUGCAAGACUUUGUUACAUUUCCAGCAACUGACCAAAACUGCUGUGUUUCAUUUUCUCUCUGCUAGGCAGAUUUUGUUUUCCUUAAGAUAGUUCCUUUAUUAAGUAUUGAGGGUGUGCAGACAUGAAAAGUGAGCCUCUGGGCAAAAUGUAUUUAUGAAACCCUUGAAGUUUUGGGUAAAUGCAGCACUUACAAUGUUUGAUUUGGUGGAUUUCAGAUUCUCUCUGCAUUACUUACGUAAUGAUAAUAAAGACGAAGUUCAGGGGUC